AGAGGAGAGGAGAGGAGGAGGCCAUUUUGUAGUGAGUGAGCAUGCCAGUGUUAUGUGUGCUGUGCUCUCAGUGUCAGGAGCAGGAAGUGCUGUCUUUGUGCUGAGAGUGGACUGAACACAGCACACUGCUCUGAUCCUGCAGCUCUUCAUCCUCCUCCUCCUCCUCCUCAUGUCCACACUGCUGUUUCUGCUCGGCUCAGGCUGCUCUGCUGUGCAAUGGAUGGUGAUAAUCUGAAGAGCCUGCUGCUUCUGCAUUCCUGUGUGGUUGUACUACCAUGAGCAAUUCCACUCCAUCCACAGCUAAUGGCAACGAGAGCACAAAGUAUAAAGGAGACCGACCGCCCUGUGGCCCCUCUCGUGUCCUUCACGUUCGUAAAGUUCCCAUUGAAGUCUCCGAGGCCGAGGUCAUCUCAUUAGGAAUCCCCUUUGGCAAAGUCACCAACCUGUUAAUGCUCAAAAGCAAAAACCAGGCUUUUAUAGAAAUGGCUUCUGAGGAAGCAGCAAUCACCAUGGUGAACUACUACACCACAGCGACGCCGCACGUCCGUAACCAGCCCGUCUACAUCCAGUACUCCAACCACCGCGAGCUGAAGACCGACAACCUGCCCAACCAAGGGAGAACCCAGGCCGCCCUGCAGGCCGUCAACGCCGUGCAUUCUGGGAACAUGACGCACUCGGCGUCGGCCAGCGACAGCAGCAUGAUGCCCGGUCAGAGUCCCGUCCUGCGCAUCAUCGUGGAAAAUCUCUUCUACCCGGUUUCUCUGGAAGUGCUUCACCAAAUCUUCUCUAAGUUUGGAACAGUCCUGAAGAUCAUCACGUUCACCAAGAAUAACCAGUUCCAGGCUUUGCUACAAUACGCAGAUCCCAUAAACGCACAUCACGCCAAACUGACUUUAGAUGGACAGAAUAUUUAUAACGCCUGCUGCACGCUGCGCAUCGAGUUCUCCAAACUCACCAGCCUCAACGUCAAAUACAACAACGACAAGAGCCGAGACUUCACACGACUCGACCUGCCUUCAGGAGACGGACAACCCACGCUGGAGCCCACCAUGACUGCCGCGUUCGGGGCUCCUGGGAUCAUCUCUUCACCCUAUGCUGGAGCGGCUGGUUUCGCUCCUGUUGGUUUCCCUCAGGCUGCAGGUCUCUCCAUGCAGGCGAUGCCCGGUGCUCUCGGACCCCUCACCAUCCCCACGUCAGCUGUAGCCGGACGGAUGGCCAUCCACGGCAUGCCCCCCACCGCCCUCCACUCCGUUCUCCUCGUCUCCAACCUCAACCCUGACAGUAUAUCACCACACGGACUGUUCAUCUUAUUCGGAGUGUAUGGAGAUGUUCACAGAGUUAAGAUUCUGUUCAAUAAGAAAGAGAACGCGUUGGUGCAGAUGGCGGAUGCGACACAGGCCCAGCUCGCGAUGAGUCACCUGAACGGUCAGCGUCUGUAUGGCAGGGUGAUGCGCGUCACCAUCUCGAAACACCAGACGGUGCAGCUUCCUCGUGAGGGUCAGGAGGAUCAGGGCCUGACCAAAGACUUCAGCGGCAGCCCGCUGCAUCGCUUCAAAAAACCUGGCUCCAAAAAUUUCCAGAACAUCUUCCCUCCAUCAGCCACGCUGCACCUCUCCAAUAUCCCACCGUCUAUUGCGGAUGACAUGCUGAAGGACCUGUUCUCCAGUUCAGGAUACACCGUUAAAGCGUUCAAAUUUUUCCAGAAGGACCGUAAGAUGGCGUUGAUCCAGCUGGGCUCGGUGGAGGAGGCCAUCCAGGCCCUGAUCGACCUCCACAACUACGACCUGGGCGAGAACCACCACCUCCGAGUGUCCUUCUCCAAAUCCACCAUCUAGCAGCGUUCCCCUUCCCCCUCAGCGCCUCCGCUGUUCUGUUCACGGGUUUAAAUCUGAGAGACGAAGCCUGACUGACGAACUUCUGUAACUAAAGACAUGAUUUUAAAAAAACUUUAAUAAUGAAAAAUAGACAAAAAAAAAAAAACAGAGACUUUGGGUAGUUUUAGAGAUUUUAGGGGUUUUAAAGUUAUAAGGAGUUAGAGACUACUAUAUGACCUUCAGAUAGAGGUAAACUGAAGGUUUUUUUUUUUUUUUUUUUUUUUUUUUUUUAAGCUGGAGACGUGUGAGCUUCGAUUCGAUAGCGACGAAGUUCCCGUUUUUACCUGUUUUAUCUCACAGCCAUUGCAGCACAGCCAUUGCUGGAAGGUUUUAGCAGAACUGCAACAGAAAUGAUUUGACUUUGUUGGAGAUGUUGGAGAAGUUUGGAGAUGUUUAUGGACGUGGACGUGAACAUGGAUGUUGAUGUGCCUGUAGUGCUAUUUAACUGUUAACGUUUCACCCAGGUGCUCCAUCCAGCCUUCAGAACUGGAGCCUCAUUGGAUAGGCCACGCCCUCUUUGAAUGUCCGUGAUGUCAUUACAAGGUGCCGCCGGGUAAAAAAAACCCUGUAGCGACGUUCCCUCACCAACGAGAGCUAUCUUUCACGUAGCAGUAAAGCGUCCAUGUGAUGGAUGGGGAACAGUACUGACACUUCGUCAUAUGUGCUCGGGAUCUGUGAAUACAUCCUGAAAGAUUUUAUGUUCUCCUGUGAAAUGGGUUUCAUUUUAAUUUUUAAAAAAAAAAAUUAAACGUAAAACAGACGAGACUGUUGUGAAACCUGCAUCGCCUGGUCCGGACCGCUUGGCCGCUCAUUCGUGUUCAGCUGAGACGUUUUUAUAGACAUAAACAUGCACGAUCAUUCCAGGAAAGCACGUCCAGCUGUCAAUCAUGCUGGAACACUCCAAUCAGCAGAGCCCGGCUGUCAGGAAGCCCCGCCUCCUGUCAUUUAACUGUCAUUUUGAAUGUGAAUCAUGUAGCCCCCCUCCGAUGAACGAUGCUUUCUGGUUGCUGAUUGAUUCCCUCUCCAUUUGGUGUCCCUCUUGUAAUCAAAUGCUUUUCCUUUUAACUUUUGUUUAUUUUAUUUUUCUUUAAUUUUUUUUCCUUUCCAGGUUGCAUCCUCAGAAUCAGAGUGAGUCAAACAGACCUGAUUCGAUGGAGGCUUUUUUUUCUGUCUCUCUCUCUUUUGCCUUGCUGUCCCACCUCCACAUAUCCAAAACCAAAAUAAGAAAAGAAAAGUGAGAGGAAAAAAAGAGAGAGAAAGUGCAUCUCUGUGGCACAGGGAGAAAAGCCGUCCUUACUGAAACACUCUGGUUUUAAUAUCGUGUUCAUCGUGUGGUGAAAUGUGUUAGUGAAUUAAAUUAUCCCGUGGUUUCAGUCGGGGGGAAAAGGGGGGAAAAAUCUAACGUUUCUGUGUGUAAAUUUGAAUUAAAAACGUAGAGGAAAAGGAGCUUCAUCCUGAUCCUGGAGAACCACCAGUCUUUACAGUUGCCAGGUCUGUGUUUUUCAAACUAUUUAUACCACAGCGCUGUUCAAUUCUUGAGUCUGAUUGGUCAGACCAUGCAGAUUAUUGUUUCUAUAGUAACCGUUCAUUCACAGGGACUUGCACAGUGGACGCUCCACAGAUUAAACGGCUUUAAAAAAACAAUAUCACGACGUUUUCUGUAUGGAGACUUUGUUUCUUUAACAUUUAUGGAAGGAGUCUCCAGUGUCAGCGCUUUGUGAUAGUCUAGAGGUAAAGAUCUGAUUUUUCCGGCAUAUUUUUUGUGGUUUGUCGGUAACAUGACAAGCUUUUUUUUUUUUUUUUUUUACUUCAAGAGAGAGAAAAAAGAGAUGCUGGUCAGGCAACGACUGUUUAUAGCUGCUAUAACGUAAGUAACUUGUUUCACGAGCAUUAAAUGUAACUAUAAAUGGAUAAAAAGGAUGAGGACGUUCUUUAAUAAAUUAAAAUUCUAAUGGUUAGCAAAUUGUUGUGGUGUAAGAGGAAUAAAACACUUGGGAAUGUGUGUAGGUUUUUUAAGAGGUGGAUUUUAUGGUGAUGCAGCGUUUCAUAGCGAGGAAUCGAAGCUCACUCUUGUAAAUUUUUUAACAUAAAAAAUCAAGGUAGAAGAUCAAAAUGAACACAGGUCACAUUUUUGGACCUUUAGUGCAUGAAAAUUAAUUUCUGCAAACCUCCACAUGUUAACUUUACUCUCUCUCUCUCUCUCUCUUUUUUUUUUUGCAUCAUGAUGUGGGCGGAGCCUCGUAAAGCUUUUUAUUUUUCCUGAUUGUGCCAGAGGAAAAAAAAACUCCAAAUGAUUUUCUGAUUUCAUCACACAGACCUGGUGACCUUUCUCUCACCACACCCUCAUCCAUGAUGUCUGCUCCUGAUUUACACAGAUCACUGGAUCAGGAGCAUUAGAUUAGAUAGAGAUCAGACUGCUGGUUCUCAGGACGCAGGAUCAGACUCAUCCUCAAGCCUUAAAAUUCCCAUGGAGGGCCUCUAGAUGGCGCUGCUCCUUUUCCUGAGUAAAUCCCUGGCCUGUUUUUUCAGGCCGUGUUUCACAAAAAGAAAGAUUUAUAAAGAAAAAUUAAUUCAACAUUGAAACAGAAUGAAAAACAAAAUGAAAAGCAGGGCAAGGGACAGUGUCUUGUCUUUUUUUUUUUUCUUUUUGCUAAUUUUAAUUUUACCUGAAGCGAUUGAUUCCACCCUUCGCUGACACUUCUCAAAAGAAAUAAAAUUUUUCUUUGAAGUUUACAGUCUUACAUAAAGCAAAACUAUUCAGGUCUAUUUAUCUUUAACGAUUGUCAAGAUUUUUUGGAGAAAAAAAAAAAGAAGUUACUUAUUUUUGGUAAUUUGUUCUUUUUUAUGGAGAGAAACAAAACAAAACAACGAAAAAAAAAAAACACUCACCGGGUUUUUGUACCACUAUAAUCAUUCAUGACAUCAUGGUGAAAAGAAAAAAACGUCAUAUUUACUGUGUAUUUACUUCAUUUUCUUAUUAUGUGCCUUAUAAUGUGUUUAUAAUCAAAAUAGGUUUUAGAAAUAUUACCUAAGAUAUCUUAAGUACUAUUUUGUGCGAUUGGUGAGAGGGUUGAUUUGUUGAUUUUUAUUUGGAGCUUUUUGUUUUCUUGUAGUUUUUUUUUAGAAGUGUAUUUUUGUGGGGACUCAGUAUUGUGUGGUCUUUUUAUUGGAAUCAUAAAUUAACGUUUGGUGCUUUGAAGGCACACUGGAGAAACAAGAACGAACGGUUUGGUGUAAAAAUGCUUGGUGUUAUGCUGUGGGUCUCCUCCGUCAUGUGUGUGUGUGUGUGUGUGUGUGUGUGUGAGAGAGAGAGAGUGUUAGUGAGAAUCUCGGCUCGUUGUCUCUGCAUGAUGAAAUGCUGUGAAAUGAAGAUCACGAAUCCGUGAUGGUUCCCGUGCGAGGAUGUUUAAUCCGUCUCUUUAAAUCUUUUGCUCAAAAAUGAACUCUGUUCAUGCUUUUCCCAAAAAUCACACUAUUUUUAAUAAUCUAUUCAGCAUUCAAGAGUAUGUUCUUACAUUUAACAGUUGAGUGCAGAAGUUUGCAGAUCUUACAGUUGUUUUGAUAAAUGGGGGGCAAAGAAGGAAAAAUUACAAAAUGUUAAAAAUGAAACAAUGUGAUAAAGACAACAAUCCAAAACACAGAAAAAAUUAAACACAAGACGCGGACAAAAAUUACAACUUAUAAAGAAAAUGGAGGCAGUUAUAAAGGAAUCACAUUGAGAAAGGGGGGCACAAACUUUUGCCCUGAGCUUAAUAUCUUUCUCUUAAUUUACACUUUUUGAUCUCAUAGUGAAGGAACAUGUGUGAAACCCAAAAACACUAAGGAAUAUGAAAUUCAGAGUCUGAUUUAGUUACAUCAGUAUUUCCUCAGGGAAAGUUCCAGGUAUUCAGAAUCGUGUUACGCUGCUGCUUCAGUGGAUUUUCUGAGCUCCACAUUCAGAUUAUUAACAUCACCUGCGCACAGUUCACGCCUGCGAGGUUAAAUCCGAAAACAAUUAAUGAAGCUACAAGAUACUAACCCGAGGUUGUGAAAUCAUAACGUGUGCACAGGAUGUGGACAAUAUUUAUACUGAAUUAGUAAAAUAAAGCCAGUGUUUGUGUUAAUUCGAUGCGCUCUACUGUAAAGAAAACAUACUCACGGUGUGAAAGAUAAUCUGACCAAGCAACAUCUGCUACACUUACAGAGAAACUUUAACUUCAUUCAUCAUUUUAUCCAGAAAAUAUUCACUGCUUGAGAGGAGCGAUGCUUCUGAUUAAGAUCCGUCUCCUCUGAUGUUCUGUGUGCAAGAAAAACUUUUUUGUAGACUUCAAUGUGACUAUAUAUUAAGUAAUUAAUAGUGUCAUAUUUAUGUAUGUAAUAUUGGCCUUAACUAGUGUGUUUGAGUGUAUUUACAGCCAAAACAUUAAUAAAUGUCAGCGUGAUGUAUUGAGGUUGCAGGUUAAGGCUUAAGUUCAGGGUCACGGUCAGACUUCGAGUGUAAGUCUUUUAGACACGCCUAUGUUUUAGACAAACUCCGCCCUGCCUGUGCAUAACUCCCACAUAACUUCUAAAAGUCUGAAGUUACGUCUGAGGUCUAAAUUUCAUUAUUAAAUCCUCACUGCGUGCUUUUCUCAACCCCGAAUCCAGCGGUAAAUAAAUCGCUAUACAUUACAACCAUAAGGGUGCGCAAACUUUCGCAUUCAACUGUAUAUUGGCCCAAUAAGUGCUCUUAAUACAUGCUCUUGAUUACAUAAACAGGAUGUGACUGGAUCACAGUUCAUUGUUCUGUGAUAUUGCAUUAAAUGAGGUGAUGUUUAAGAGUUUUAGGAUCCUGUAGAUUUCAGUACGUGUCAUUUCCUGUUAAAAAAAAAUAUUAAUCUGAGAUUAAUUAAUCUGUAUCUGGAGAAUCCCACAGCAUUCAGCAGUGAAUUUCUGAUGUUUCUGAGCAGAAUGAUCUGAGAUUUCAGUUCUGUGUGUGUGUGUGUGUGUGUGUGUGUGUUUUGAACUUAUUUACUGUAUCUUAUAAUCAGAUUGAUUUUAGGGGGUGUGGCCUGUUUUUGUGCUCUGUAGUGAUUUUUAUUUUUUCUUGAUAUAUUUUUUCCCUCUUCUUUGUAAGGAUGUGAAACUGGAUAAAGGUGGCUAGGGUGUGUGUGUGUGUGUGUGUGUGUGUGUGUGUGUGUGUGUGAAUGAGAAGGAAAAGGCUCGGCUGGUGGUGGUGUGAACGGCGUGACGCUGUAUGCUGUAUCUGUAAAAGCUUUUCAUUUACAAACAGGAGAAAAAGCCAGAUUUGUGAUUUUUAACGUGGCACUAAAAGCAGUUCACUCUGAUUCUGAUUAUAUUUUCUCUCCAUCACACUCACGUCUUUAAUUUAAAUUUGAAUUCUUUUCACAGCUAAAUCAUUUCCAGUCCUGUCUUUCGACUCAGGCAGCAUCGUCCCGCCAUGACGUCCGACACUUUCCUGUUAAAAUCCACCUUCACUUUUUUUUAAAACAGGUUUUAUACUGAAUUUAAACACAAAUAACACAGGACCAAAGUUUAUGUGCCUUUCAUCCAUCUAUCAAGCUCAUUUGUAACUUUCUUCCUGGAUGUAUAUCAGAAAUCAGAACCAACGUUUUUAUGUGUUUGCUUUUUUUUUUUCUUUUUGCAUUGUUGUUGCAAUUCCACUGAAGUGUCUUCAUGUUUUUUGUUUUUUUUUUAAUCUAUUUCCCCUCAAACAGAAGGUGAAGCCAUAUAACAUAUCAGAAUUUCAUAAUAUCAAAUAAUUUCCCCCAUUAACGAGUUCCUGCACCGAUGCUGAAUGUUUCAUACGUCAUUCCAUGAAAUCUGCGUAUUAUUUUUUCAUAAAAGCCUCAUUCAAUACGGUUGAGAUUUACAUUAAAACAAAAAGAACCAUAAACGAUUAAAUUUUCAUCUCAUCUUUACACAAAUUUAAUUACGAAAGCUUUAUUAUUACCAAAGGAAUUUGACUCUAAUUGGACUGAUUUAGACGUUAAGUUCUGAAACGCCAUAAGCAAGAAAAAGACAUUUUAUAAAGAAUUAAAUUACGGGUGCGAUGGGUAUUUUUGUGCUCUUAUUCCAAAACCUCAGCCGUUUUUGUGAGUGGAAUAUGUAUUAAUUAAUCUCGUUAGUGAUGAAUAUUAAUUAAUGAAUAAAUAAUGAGAGUCCAGUUAUGAUAAAUGAUGACGCAUGCCUUGUUUCCUUGUUUUAUGGAACAUCGUCGUUGAGGGAAAAACGCACACAAAAAGUUUAUUCACAUGCAAAAAGUGACUUCUGUUGCACUCGUAAAAGGUUUUAAGCUGUUUCUAAGCUUAAAGUUUCAGCCAUCUUGACUUUUUUUUUUUUUCUAUUUUCUCCUUUUUUUUUGGUCUAAACAAUCUGGGCUACAAUUCUUUCCUCACUGAAAUUGUAAAUUAUUUUGCAUUAAAAGGGAGGGACGUAAAAAUGAAACGCGACUCAGGCACGAUGCACAUACAGAAAGUGCCUGCAUCCGACCUCACGAUCCUCACCUCGCCUUGAAAUUCCCGUAUUUAUAACUCCUAUGAAUAUUAAUAUGAAUGUUCCACUACCAAAACAAACAAGUGCUUGUAAAUAUGUGCUCCCUUUUUGUUUUGUUUUUGUUUAAACCUGGCCAAAAAAAAAAGAAAAAAAUCAACAAAAAUUUAAAGGUUUCUGGGAACAAGAUACAACACAUUAGUUGAUAUGAACUGGUUUUUAUAUUUAUGAAAAUUCAACAUGUUUUUUUUUGUCUUCUGUAUUUUGAUAUUGCAGCAGGACCAGCUUUUUAUUUGUAAAAGUCGUUUAUGUGACGUUUGUGAGGAAAACGAUGGAGAGACGAGCGGAUUCAGUUUAUGAGUUUGAUGUAAUAAAAAUGCAAAUAGAAGAUUAAACUAUUAAAGAAACAUAUUUUCUAA